AUGAAUAUAUUGGAUGAUGAUUUCGAUGAAAAGUUAAUUAGAGCAUGUAGAUCAUCAGCAUAUCAACCAUCAUUCUCACAGUUAUUGGCGGUGCCCGCUCAACAUCAGACACUUUCACAGAGUACAUUAUCACAGUUGACCUCUGUCAAUAAUAUAAAUAGUAAUAAUAAUCAUAAUAGUAAUGAACAACUAGAUGAUCUACUUAAAGAUGUUGAUCAAAGUGCAAUAGAUGAUUUCUUAAUGAAAAGAAUUGAAUUAUCAAAACCGAUAUUCGAUUACUUGAAAUCAAUAUUAAAAGCAUAUCAACAACAUCAACAAAUUAUAUUACAACAACAAAAUCAGGACAAUGAAGACAAUGACGAUGAUCAACCUUCGAAUAGUUCGUCAUCUUUGAAAUUCACAAGAGCCAACAUUAUAUGUAACUUUUUACAAGUCAUCAUUGAAUCUAAUCAUUCAAAUCAUAUCAAUGAAAAAGAUUUAAUACAAUGUAUAGAUCUUAUACUUUCAGAGUGUGACUCUUUAGAAGUAAGAGAAUUACAAGAUAUUAUUAGUUUAAUAACAAAGCAUGUUGAAACUAAUACAAAGUCACCAAUCUAUCUAUUGUUGGCGAAAUGUAUGAUGCUACGUGGUCAGUUAAAGUCAAACGAUUCUUCAAACAAUGAAGAACAUAUGGAGUAUCAAACGAAUACAAUAACAAGUAUAGUUUCUUCCAACUGGCCAAAACAAACAUUUAUUACAAUCAUUGAAUCACUCAAUGAUCUUCCACUCUCAAAGAAACAUUUAGAAGAUAUUAUAAACAAAAUUAAAGAUGAUUUACCAUCAAUUGGAUAUCCAGAUUUACCAAGUGUUUCACAUCAAUUAUUAUUAUUAUCAUCACAAGGUUUGAAGGGAAUGAUUCUCAAAGUGAUAUGCGAUCAUUUCGUACAGGAAGAGACAACCAAGAAUCCAGGCAAUGAACAGCUUAUGAUGAUAGAAUCAACUGUUAUUUUACAGAUCAGCUUUGCUAUUAAACAGGAUAUGGAUAUUGGAAAAGAAUUCGAGGUAUCAGAAGACUCGGUACGGAAAUAUUGUUCCAGCUGUUCACUAUACAUGAGAAUAGUAACACGUACCACCAGUCGACAAGCUGGCGAAAGUAGUCAACGAUCUCAAGCUGCACUAUCUUCCUCCUCGUCAUUGGCACCGGUUAACAAGCACUCUUUUGAAUUACUACGUGAUGUAUUCAACAAGUUUGCAAAGGAAAUGAUAUCAACAGAGUUUAGCGAAUAUAGGGAGAUAUCUUCCAAGUCUGAAACUUCGAAAACCUGUGCUGGAUUACUGAUGGGUGUUAUCGAGUCAUUGAUAGAGUAUGCAGUCACCAAAGUAUCGCUUACCAAUACCAAUGACAAGUUUGUAACGAUUCUCAAAUUGUUUGCUGUUUACACUCAUGCCAAGUCUGAAGUAAACAGCGAUGCAAACCAAACAAAGUCUGGUAAGGGUGGAAAGAAAGGAGGUGGUAGUAAAAAGAGAAAGAUUGACGAGGAUGAAGAUGAAUUCGAUCCAGAUGAAGAGAUGAAGGAUGUUGGAGCUAGUAAACCCAAAUCAAAGAGUGGAGCAAGUAAAGGAUCGAGUGCAAAUUCAAAGGAAUUGCUUAAAAGUACGCUGUCAUCGGAAUGUAUAAAGGAACUUUUCAACUUUAUGAAAUCGAUCGACACCUCUCAGAUGAAAUUACAAGAGCACGACAAAUACGACAGUUUCUCACAUUUCAUUUAUCAAUCAUGUUUGGAGUAUCUCACAAAGAUGUUUGUUGAAUCAAAGCAAUAUUUGGAUACCCACAUUGAGUCUGCAAAUCCAAGUGAGAACAUUGUCAAACAGAAUCUCAACUUUUGUCGUGCAGUUCUACCUCAUUUGAACCAUGGACUUAAUAAAGGUGGAUGGGAGGAACCAAAGUUAAACUCAAAGAUAAUACCUACUCAUACAUUAAUAUUAUCUUGUUUAGAUUUAAUUUUUAAAUUUAUUAAAGAUUUUGGAACUGAAAAGAAUUUGGGUACAUGUUUAACCAAUGAUCCAUUACCAAAACCAAAACAAAUAGAAGAUGCUAUCAAGAGUGAGAUCAAACGUUUAGAGGAUGUUUGUCAAGAUACAGCAAUUGCUCAUGCAUUCUGGGGUGAUGCCGAUAUCAUUAUUGCAAUCCUCUCAAAACUGUAUCCCUAUUUACCGGAACGUGAUAUUCCACAGCACCACCAGUUCAUUCAAAGUCUCUAUCAGAUUGAAAUGAAAGUAACUUCACCUACUUUUGCAGCAACUGUUGUCAGAACACUACUGGAACUCAGUAAUAUAGACAAUGACACUAUGAACAUUGUCAACGAUAUUGCAAAUCAUCUGAUACACAGUGAAGCUGAUCAAGAAGAAGAUAUCGAUGUCGAUGACGAUGAUAACCUGGAGCCAAGAAUAUUGAACAGGAAAACUCAUAUUCAGGUGGAAGCAGAGUUUUUCAAACAUAUCAAUAGUGAGAUUGACAAGUCGAGAGAUCUUAUCGUUCAACUCAAGAAGGAUUGGACACCCAAUCUCACAGAGAAUGCAGAGAUCAAGUUGAAUCGUAUGAGGAAUCGUAUCUAUGAUUCGCUGUGUCUCUCUUGUCAAGCUAUGGACAAACUGGCUAGAGAUGUCACUCCCUAUCAAUUCUCUCCUCAGAGCUCUGAUAAAUUGUUAAAGACACUCAAGAAGCUCUUCACCAUAUUGACAACAUUGAAAGACGGUUUGUCUCGAUCAGAAAAAGCUAGGAUUUACAGAGAAGCAAAGUUCUUACCACUUUUGGCAUUCACCUUGGAGAAAUACGAAGCAACCGUUAUUCGCUAUGAAAAGAAACUGAACAUCAAAGAAAGACUGGGUCAACACUUUAAGAAAGCUGAAAUCAGAGAUUUCAAAAUCGACAAGGAACAACUCAGACGUUUAGAAGAGAAUGCAGAAGACGAAGAGGAAAAACAGAAGCCAAAGAAGAAAAAGUCAGCUCCCAAACCAAAGGCAACAGUUGUAAAGAAGAAAACACAAACUAAAAAGAAACCCACGGCACCAAAAGGAAGAUUAACUUCAAAGAGAGGUGGUAGUAGAGGUGGUGCAACUAGAAGAAGAGGACGUAAUGAUGAAGAUGAAGAGGGAGAAGAUGAAGAUCAAUACAAUAAUGAUGAUGAUGAAGAUGAUGAUAACAAUAACUAUGAUGAUUAA